AGCUACAGGUAGGGAAACCAGGUAAUAACGAACAUUCUUCUCCUGACAGGGGACAGAAAUAAACCAUUACCCGAAACACCCCUCAUUUCAACCCUACCAUUUUCCAUCAUCUCUGUGUGCGGGAAUAAUCAAUACUGCACACAUAUUGAGGCUACAGCAGCAGCAACAACAACAACACGGAAUAAUGGUGUGGUCUAGUGAUAAGCAGCAACAGUAGGGCCACAGCCCGCCCCCAUCCCCCGCAUACCAACAACCGCCUUCCGCCCACCGGCAAACGAGCAGGAAUUCCGGAAAACAGGAGCAGCCACAAAUAGCAAUUACCAUCGCACAACUCAAAUUUCCCGUCACUCCUCCAUCAUUCUGACAACGAAUAGUGGCAAUAAUGUCACGCGAGGAGCGCAAACCCAUCGUUAGUUCACCGAGCAGCAGCACCUGCAGCAGCGGCGAUGACGAAGUGCAUCCUGUGGUGCGACGACGCAGCGCCCGGGACACGGAGCUCGCCGGCCACCAGAAGGAUGCCGGAUGCUGUGAUCCGACGAGCACGCCACAUCGAUUCCUGGCCCUGCUUUUUAUGUGCCUCUUGGGUUUUGGUUCCUAUUUUUGCUACGAUAAUCCCGGCGCAUUGCAGGACGUUUUCCAAAAGGAACUGCAACUCAGCUCCACCGAGUUCACGCUGAUUUACUCCAUCUACUCGUGGCCAAAUAUCGUGCUCUGCUUUGUGGGUGGCUUUCUUAUCGACCGGGUGUUUGGCAUCCGCCUGGGCACCAUUAUCUACAUGCUGAUCGUGCUCGUGGGCCAGUUGAUCUUCGCUACCGGCGGUGUCCUGGGCCACUUCUGGUUGAUGAUCUUGGGACGCUUUGUGUUCGGCAUCGGGGCUGAGUCGCUGGCUGUGGCCCAAAACAGCUAUGCAGUGCUAUGGUUCAAGGGCAAGGAGAUUAACAUGGUCUUUGGACUGCAGUUGUCGGUGGCCCGCUUCGGCAGCACCGUCAACUUUUGGAUUAUGCAACCUCUUUAUGGCUACGUCUCCAAAUCCUACUCUGGCUACAAGGGGCUGGGCGUGGCCCUGUUCCUGGCAUCCUCUACGUGCGUUAUGUCCCUAAUUUGCACCUUGAUUCUAGGUUGGAUGGAUAAGCGCGCGGAGAGAAUCCUUAAGCGGAAUAACAAUCCUGGUGGAGAGUUGGCCAAACUAAGCGAUAUAGUCACCUUCAAGUUGGACUUCUGGAUGGUGUCUGUGGUCUGUGUGGCCUACUAUGUUGCCAUCUUUCCGUUCGUGGCUCUAGGCCAAGCCUUCUUCGUGAGCAAAUUCCACAUGACUCCGGAUGAGGCGAAUACGGUCAACUCGAUUGUCUACCUGAUCUCUGCUAUUGCAUCGCCUCUGUUUGGAUUUGUGAUUGACAAGGUCGGGAGGAAUGUGACCUGGGUGUUUUGUGCCACUAUCUCCACGCUGCUAGGCCACUUCCUCCUGACUUUCACUCAGUUGGAUCCGUACAUCGGGAUGAGCAUAAUGGGUCUGUCCUAUUCCAUGUUGGCUGCCAGCCUGUGGCCUCUGGUCUCCUUGAUUGUGCCCGAAUAUCAGCUGGGCACUGCAUAUGGCUUCUGUCAGUCUGUGCAGAAUCUGGGACUAGCGGUGGUGACUAUUGCAGCGGGCAUUAUUGUGGACAGCAGCGGCGGCAGUCACUUCUGGCUGCAGAUUUUCUUCAUGUUCUUCCUGCUGGUCUCCCUGCUGGCCACCUGUGCGAUUUGGGCCUACAACCGCAAGCAUCAGGGCAACUUGAACAUGUCACCUGCUCAGCGGGCCACAUACCACACCUCGAUCGCGAUGCAGUGCCCCCACGUGAACAGACGGCCUUUAUUGGGCAACUAUGUGCAAUAGAUCGAUUAUCUGUUACUAACCAAUUACCAAUUCUGAUGCUAACGCCAUCUCUCUAUCCUUGACUUGUUAUGCAACUCGGAGCACAUUCUGCUAACCGCACAAUCGACGAGGUCAUUCGAUCUGUUUAACUCCUAGCCAACAUUCUAUGAUACAUAUCAAACUUUAAACUAUUGUUAUAUUUAUUAUUUGUUGUGUGUGAUAAAUAAAUUUAUGUAAAUGUACAUUAACCAAAUUAAAUAACGAAA